AUGCGGACCAUCACUUUCGAAUUCGCCAAGCGCGAGGUGCCCGUGCUCCUCGACCUCUGCCUUCCGGAUGCCGUCACGUCCGAGCCGCUCCCCAUCUUUGUGUGGUGGCACGGCGGCGGCCUGAUCCAGGGCGCAAGACAGGCUAUGGCGCCUCAUCUGAAGCGCGCCGUCGAUAAGUUCAACAUCGCUGUGGUCUCGACCGACUAUCGACUGGCCCCGCAGACACGCGUACCCGACAUCCAGCACGAUAUGGAGGAUUGCCUCGCAUACGUCGUAGACAAGCUUCCUCAAGAGCUUGCUGCUAAGGGAGAUGCUGCCAAGCUCGACACGAGUCGCAUCGUACUGAGCGGCUCGAGUGCCGGCGGAUGGCAGUGUCUCAUGGUCGGCCUCGGCAUGUGUCCGAACAGCAAGGCCGAACACCUGCAGCGCGUCAAGGGCAUCGCCGCCAUCUAUCCGAUCAUCACCAUGGACCACCCUUUCUUCCUCGAAAAGCAGACUCCAUUUGGUGGUCGUCUUGGCGAUGAUCCCGCCACGUUUGCCGAGUUCCGCGAUCCAAAUGCCCCGGUGACGGCCAACACGGCCGCCGUUGAGCAUCGCAAGAAGUUCUACAUGCACGCGCAGCAAGAGGGUCUCUUCCCUUCGCUUCUCUUCUCCCAGGAGCAGCGCGAUCAGGGAUGGCUGCAAAAGACAGACGUCGAGACCUUCCUCAAGGCCAGCUCCAAAGAACAGCGCCGUCGAUUCCCGCCCGUCUACAUCGUUCACGGCGAGAAGGAUUCCGCCGUCGACGUUGAUCAUGCACGCCGGCUCAACAACGCUCUCAAAGAGAUCGGCGAAUCCGUCAUCUACGAUGAGGUGCCGGGACGUGACCAUCUGUGGGACCAGCUCGAGCCAGAGGAGAACCUCGAAGCUCUGUGGGACUUCACCGUGAAAUCGCUUCGCUCGUGA